UGGCCCUUCAGAACAUCCUCUGACUUUCAGCAAGGCAUUAUUAUUACACAUACGCCCAGUGUGUGUGCAUAUGUGUAUAUGUCUAGGUUUUUGAGCAUUCAUCUCCUGGAAGAAUGAGUCGAGGCUCCAAGCCUAGGAACCAGCAAGACAAUGUCCAGUCAUCUCUCCUGUCCAAUGAAGAGAAUGAGAAAAUCUUUGAUGUGCUUGGCCGAAAAUGUGUGGCCCUGGCAACUACAGUGGCACAGCUUUUUCUUGCACAGCCACCUAACACCAGCUGUUGGGUCAAACAUUUCACUGGAGUAUUAUGUUUAGUCAAAGAUAAUCCCCGGCGGUCCUACUUCAUCCGUGUAUAUGACUUGAAGGAGCUAAAACUGAUAUGGGAGCAGGAACUUUAUACACAGUUCACCUAUUCAGACCAACGUCCAUAUUUUCACACAUUCCCUGCAGAUAACUGCCAUGCAGGGCUGAAUUUUGCAGAUGACUAUGAAGCAGACGUGUUUAAAUCUGUUGUUGAAGAGAAAAUUCAAAAGCGACAUCAAAGACAAGAUAAACGGCAACUACCGCCUCCACCUCCACCAGUGUCUGAUGACAGAAGAACCAGUCUUCCUCUCCCACCACCACCAGCAGCAUCAGAGUUCAAUGGUCCGAACUCUCCUUCAGUUAAUAUGGCAACUAUUACAAUUCACAAUCCAGACAUUACGACUUCCCGGUACCGUGGAUUUUCUUCUGCAGGAACUCCAGAGAAAGAAAAGAAAAAAAAUAAAAAAGGAGGCAAAAAGAAAAUUUCAAAAGCUGAUAUUGGAGCACCAAGUGGUUUCACGCAUGUAAGCCAUGUGGGAUGGGACCCUAACACUGGAUUUGAUGUCAACAACCUGGAUCCUGACCUCAAGAAACUCUUCAAUAAGGCUGGAAUCAGCGAUGCACAACUUGCAGAUGCAGAAACCUCCAAACUCAUUUAUGAUUUCAUUGAACAGUCAGGAGGGUUGGAAGCAGUCAAAGAGGAGAUGAGAAAACAAGAACCUCCACCACCCCCACCUUCAAGGUCUGGACCUCUACCACCUCCUCCACCAUCAGGAGUUGCACCAGCCCCACCUUCAAGCAGAGGCAGAUCAGGAACACUCCCACCAAUACCUGGGGAACUAUCUGGGCCACCUCCUCCUCCAUCCAGAGGGCCACCACCACCACAAAGAGGGCCACCACCCCCCAGCCGGAGUACACCUCCACCUCCUCCACCAUCUUUAAGAAGUAGUGGUCCUCCUCCACCUCCUCCUCCUUCAGCACCUACCAUGGGAGGAAGUGGGCCUGCACCACCACCACCACCUCCUCCACCACCUCCUCCUCCUCCUUCUUCUUCUUCUUCUUUAGAUGGUGGGCCUCCUGCACCACCACUUUCUCAUUCUGGGAAUACUCCUGCAACACCCCCCACUCCAUCUGGCAGGGGAGCCCUACUAGACCAAAUAAGAAAAGGAAUACAGCUGAAUAAGGUCACUGAAAAUGUGGAGAGUUCUCCAGCACAAAAUGCUGAAUCAUCUGAAGGUCUCGUUGGAGCAUUAAUGCAAGUCAUGCAGAAGCGAAGCAAAGUCAUACACUCUUCAGAUGAAGGUGAAGAUGAUGGAGCAGAUGAUGAUGACGAUGAUGAAUGGGACGACUGAACUCCUCAGCCAGACAUUUUUUUAGCUUUAUUUAGUUUUGUGUCAACAAGUUUUUAUUUUUGUUUACAGGUUAUUAUAGAAAUAAUAUUUAGGGCGCCGGUACAAUGUUACAGAAGCCUUGGACAAGUGAUCAGGGUAAAAUAAGCAAUCAAAAUUGUUUUAUGAGCUUGUUUGUCUAAUUAGCUCUCGUUCCAUAACUUGCCAUUUAUACACUGUUAUGCACUGUACCCCAGUCAUGCAUCUAUAUAUGUUGACAUUAGAGUUAAUGCCUUCUGAAUCUCCUUUACAGAUGAAAUCCUUCUAGUGUGCUACCCAUGACACCCCUUCCAGUAUAAAGAGGGCAUUGUGCUACAUAAUAUUUAUUGGCAGUAGUUACAUCUAUUUGGAUUUCCCAGGAGGGAUAAUAAUUAUUUGCCUAUUAUAACCAUGAUCAUUCUAAAACAGCACAAGAAACUAUCAGCUCACAUUGUGCAGAGCCAUCCAUAUCUAACUCUUCUCACAAUAUGUGACAUUCCACAAUUUUUAUUCAGAAAAUUAAAUAUGCAGUUAUUUUUCAGACUUUAAGACUGGUUAUAAGUGCUGUUUAGGAAGAACUACACUUUUCUGCUUUACAUUUUUGUGGAGUAGUAUUACUUAUUUUUUGAUGGUGCAUUUAGCAAUUUCUUUACAGCCACCCAUCCACAAUUGUUGACGUUUCAGUGGGGCAAUAAAUAACCUACCUGUUUACUGCAGUCAGUGGCUAGAGAAUCAGAAGAAUGCAUUCUCAAUUUAGACCAAAGUUCUAUUUUUUUUUCCUUAUUCGUAAACAGGAACACAUUUACAGCAAGACAAUAUGAGCUAAAUCAAUAUAAACAAAGUCUGAUAGCAGUAUACUUUAAAGGUUUUUAGUAAGUUAAUAUAAGUAGAGGUAAUUGGACUACCAUCUGAGUAAAGAAGGGAAAAAUGCAACCAUAUCCAUAACAAAUAUGUAUUGGUUAUAAUGACCUGAUAUUCACAGAUCUGGUAUAAACUUGCCACUUGUCGGUAAUACAUCUGACAGUGGGAGAAUCCUCCCCAAUUAUAUCCGUUUACAGUAAAAUAGAAUUACAUUAUUUCUAGUAAGUUAAUGCUAACGUCUUUGGGGUAACUGCUUGCUUUCACCAAGACCAAGCAAACCUUACCUCUUGUUUUACAGUUUUAGAUUUAUACUGUUUUUAGAGCAGUUAGCCUAUUCUUAAUCACCGGUCAUUUACUUUGGGUCCAGAAGUUAACACGAGGUGGAUUGAUAUUGACUAACAUGAACUGAAAAACAAAUCUGAAGAGUGCUACUAAGAACAAUGAAUUUGGUAUAAACAAAUGGAUUGAGCCAACAACAGUUUCACCCAUAUAGAACAUCACCUCUUUGCAACUUGGCCUGUAACACUAUCUCAUGCAACAAAUACUUUCACAAGAGGCCAGAAAUUAUGGACUGUUCCUGAGCCAUGGAUUGAUACUGAGCCAUAAUCUAUCCAAAGAUGGUUUUGUAUGGGUAUAUCUUAAAUAAAGCUACAUCUUUUGUGGAAUAAAAAAACACAGCAAGAUAAGAAUAAUUGGUGAUUUAAAAUGAAGCCAAGAACAGAAGUCAUCUGAAAAAAAAAUCAGAAUAAAGUUUGCAAAUAAAAUGUAUACUUUUUUUUCUUAGUUAGUUUGAUACCAAUUACGGCAUGUUUGCAGUAAUCAGGUAACAACAGAUCCAAUAUCCAGUAUUACCCAUUUAAGAUGAAAAUGAUAAAUUUUGGACCUGGAAAAACAGUGCUAUUAAAUAUGCAAAAGUAACAGUGGGCCCAUAUGAAAAUAAAUUUUGUUUUCUAACUGAUGUGAUAUAAACUGCUGUUCACUGAAAUAAGUUCUUGGAUGAAACAUUAAUUAUUUAUAGUUGAGAAUCAUUUACAGCUUACAUGAACCAUGAUGUAUAUAACACAGGAGUACUUGAUUAUUAAUCUGAUUUUGUAACAUCAAUUUCUUUUUGGCCCCUGCCCCCAAUCCCUCAAAUAUAUAGGCUCCAUCCCCUUUGGAAACAUCCUUUCCCUGAAAUGCCCAGAGUCUUAGGAUAAUGGGAGAGGAAGGCAAGGACAGCAGGAUCAUGGGCAUCACUGUGCAAGAUUAGUUAGGAAGUUUCCUGCAUGCUUCUAACAACUGCCUCCACCCCCACUCCAUUGGCAGGAAAGCACAAUGCAAUACACAGUACUCUAGGAUUUUGCAAAGUACAUUUUGCAAAAUGCUUCCCUUAGCAGGCUCAUACUCCUGCAGCCUCAGGCCCUCUCUAGCUGGAGUUCUUGCACUGGGACUGUACCAGUAUUCUCCCUAUGGGAUCAGCAAGCUGGUAUUAAAUGCUCACAUUCUUCUUUUCCCAACCAGCUCUUCUAGUACCUGCAACACUGAUCAAACUUAGGUUAUCUAAGGCAUAACUGGGGUCAGAGCCUCUGCAGAAAGAAGCUAGCUGUACUCCAAAACUGAUUUUGUCACAAAUGUAUUUAACAUCAUAAAUCAUACUUGUUUGUUUUUGUCAGUGUUUUUACUGUGGUUCCUACUUCCAGAUAAAGGAACUCUUUUUGGCAUACAUAUAAGUGUUUUGUAAUAACCAUGUAAAACAAUGUGUGGGGUGUGAUAUUUUUGCUUACGCAUCUAGUUCUUGUGUCCUAAUAGUUAUGAGUACAGUCUAUACAUAAUCCAAGACAGUGAAGAAACAAUCACCAUCACACUGAGAGGAAUUUUAAAAGACAUUUAGGAACUGUACCUUUAAGAACGUUAUAAAUUAUACUUUUCAUCUGUAUUUUCUAAAGAUGGCAUCUGAAGUUAAAAUCCAUAUAUAUAGGGCUUCACGACUGGCCCAGCAGCAGGUUGUAGAGCUGCAUAUGGUACCAGUUAAGCUGUAGCAGUGAAUGGCAAACAUUGUAUUUUGUCUGGAACAGGACCAGAAAUUAUGUUGCAAAAGCAAAUAUGGUUCUGUUCUACCAUGGACCGAGUCCACGAAUCAUUCUGAAAGAGGAGUAGAAGGGGAAAAUUAAAUGGAUAGAAGUAGGAUUCCAUAGCAAAGAAGAUCUUUAUUUCAGGUUCAGGGAUGUCAUAAAAUUCAAGGAUUCAUUUGGGUCGUAGAACCUUCUGAAUUAGCUGACAAAGAAGGGUGAUAUUCUACUGCAGCCUCUUUCACAGCUAUUGAAUGAACUGAUGGAUUGCCAUGUGUGCCAAAGGUUUUAGACCCAAUGGUACGCAACUGUGGGAAUCAUGAACUGCAGCUCUGAAGCUAAAUUUAGUUACUUAAACAGAAUUCUGAAAUGCGUAUGUGAUAAAUGGACUUUGACAUCUAAACGUACAAUGCUAGCCUUCUAGAACAGCUUCUGUAAGAAAAUGUGUUAUAAAUGAAAGAGUAAUUGGCAUGUUUGAAAAUAAAUAAUGCUAAAUUAAAUGGAACAUUGCCAUGAUUUACAAUAAUGUUGGUACAUUUUAAGCUCAAUGCCUAGAACUCAUCUACUGUCAUUUUAUCUUUCACUUUUCUGUAAGUACCUCUAGUACCCUUGAGAUUUUGUGUCAUAUGUACCAAGGAAGUGGAACUGCAAUAGAAAGCUUCUGCAGUAA